UGUGAAAGCGCACAUUCAAUGAGACAGCAUCAAUUAUGGCUGCACCACUUCUUGUCGAUCCACCAACCGGUGGAUUUGUCUUUGAAAAUGUCAAAAGAAAUGCCAUGCUGGAGAGUAAAGGUCUGAGGGCUCCAACAGCUGUUAAAACUGGCACAACCAUUGCAGGCCUUAUCUACAAGGAUGGCGUUAUUCUUGGAGCCGACACAAGAGCAACAGAAGGCACGAUUGUAGCCGAUAAGAACUGUACCAAGAUCCACUUCAUCGCUCCAAAUAUCUAUUGUUGUGGUGCUGGUACUGCAGCGGAUACAGAGAUGACAACACAGAUGAUCUCCUCUAACCUUGAGCUCCAUCGCCUAUCCACAGGACGAGAAGGACGUGUGGUCACAGCCAACCGUAUGCUCAAACAGUUCUUAUUCAGGUACCAAGGACAUAUAGGAGCAGCCCUUGUGCUAGGAGGUGUUGAUGUGACAGGUCCUCACCUCUACAGUAUCUAUCCUCACGGAUCUACCAACAAGCUACCCUUCGUUACCAUGGGGUCAGGUUCCUUGGCUGCUAUGUCGGUGUUUGAGGAUCGAUUCAGACCUGAUAUGGAGGAAGAGGAAGCGAAACAGCUCGUCCGUGAUGGUAUAGCUGCAGGUAUCUUCAAUGACCUCGGUUCUGGUACAAACAUUGAUCUCUGUGUAAUCAAGAAGGGCAAGGUGGACUUCCUGCGACCUUACGAUGUGGCUAACAAGAAGGGUGUCAGACAAGGGAACUACACCUAUAAGAGAGGAACGACUGGGGUCUUGAAGAAGACUGUCACCCCUCUCAAGCUUGAUGUUACAGAAACCAGGGUGGAGUCUAUGGAUACAUCAUGAUUUCUCGUUCUUCAAGCUAUGGGUCUGUUCACACUGCAUGAACGUUCUAGAAAUUUAAUUCUCUGUUACAUAUUAUACAAUCUGUUACAUAUUAUACAAAUAAUACCCCUCAUUGAGGACACGAACGAGAACUACACAUGUGAGGUACUUUCGGAACAGAUCUAACGCACCUCAGACAUUACUGAAUGCAUUUGGAUUCAUGUUCCAAAGGUUUUAAGUGUGGUUGAUUAUUCCAAUUCCCAAGUCAAAUUUUACAUAUGAAAUUAUAUUAUAUUACCACUCAUCACAUGUCAUUGGUAUUAUGAUAAGUUAGGCCUGUGUGAGCACACAACCAAUCAUAUCAUCAGGAUCUACUUUGCCAUCUUGUAGAGUUCAGUUGCGAUUGUAUGAAAUAUACAAUUGUCAACCUUGCUUGAUUUGAUUUAUCUAUUUACCAACAAUAUUCACAUGUUUACAGGUUAUAAAACAAAUUGCAUAACAGUUACACAUGGAUCAAAAUACGAUGGUAAAUGGGACCAGAAAAUAGCACAAGUGCUAAUCGAGCCUGGCUCCACGAAGUGAACAAAUACACCGUGACUGCGAAAAUGCUGGUGUUAAUUUAACACCAGCCUGGUAUCUAUAUUGGUCCACACCAUAGAGGUGUUGAAACAACACCAAUCAAUUAGGCUUUUAAGCAACACCAAUAUGUUAAACCAAUUUCGCUUUGAUUCGUAUCUGGUGUCGUUUCAACGCUUCUCUGGUGUGGACCAAUAUAGAUACCGGGCUGAUGCUAAUUAACACGGGUGUUUUUGCAGUGUAGAAAUGUUGAAAGUAGAUUGGUUGAAGAUCAUGUCGCCUUGUAUGCUUAUGAAGG